AUGAAUAUUGAUAAAGUUUUUAAAUUAGCAAAAGGUUUUUUUGGUAGAUCAAAGAAUUGUAAAAGUUUAGCAAGAGAAAGAGUUGAAAAAGGUUUAGAAUAUAAUUAUGUUUCACGUAAAUUAAAGAAAAGAGAUUUCCGUAAAAUGUGGAUUGAACGUAUAAAUGCAGGUGCUCGUCAACAUGAAAUGACCUAUAGUGAUUUUCAAAGAGGUUUAAUUGCUAGUGGUGUUGAAAUUAAUAGAAAGAUUUUAUCAGAAUUAGCAGUUUCAGAACCAUUUAGUUUCAAAGUAUUAGUAGAUCAUAGUAAAAAUACUGUAUCAAAUCUUCACCCAAAAUCUUAUAUUCCAUUGGAUCAACCUAAAAAUUAA